GUCCAAUCCGACCCAUCUCAUCCCCUCUUGGUGGACAAGAGACGUCAAGCAGAGGCUGGCCUGAUGCACUUCCAAUCCAAAUAUCAUCCCUCCCCGCGCCGCCCAUCCUCCGCUGCAUUCAACCAAAUCCAACCCAACCCAGUCCGAUCCAAUCGAAUCCCAUCAACACCCACUCGCCUGCUCCCCUGAUCAUGAGUAUCGCCAGCGCAUUGAAGGGUAAGGCGCGAGAUGGCGCGCCGCCACCGCCACCAAGCGAUGGGCAGCAGCAGCGUUGCGACGCGCUCGACUCGAUCGCCCCAUCCUCUUCGUCCGCACAGGCGCAGGAGCAUGGGCGCCCUCCACGCAGUCCCCAGGCAUGGGUCCAUUUUGCCGCCGGCGGCGUCGGCGGUAUGUGCGGCGCCAUCGUAACGUCGCCGCUCGACGUUGUCAAGACACGCCUGCAAUCCGACAUGUACCAGCAGCAGCAACAACGGCAUACACAGGCAUACGCACGGACUCCACCAUCGCGCCACGGUGGUGGCGGCAGUGCAGGACUGCUGCGCACGGUGCGCACGCUGGCGUACCACUUUGUCGAAACGGCACAGCUGCUGCGCACCAUAUCGCUGCGCGAGGGCCCGCGCGCCCUGUUCAAGGGGCUAGGCCCGACGCUCGUGGGCGUCGUGCCGGCGCGGGCGAUCAACUUCUCCGUGUACGGUAACGGCAAGCAGCUCCUUGCGCAGCGCUUCAAUGCCGGACGCGAGACGCCCGCCGUCCACCUCGUCGCUGCCACGCUCGCGGGCAUUGUAACCGCCACCGCGACCAACCCAAUCUGGGUCGUGAAGACGCGCCUCCAGCUCGAGAACCAGUCUGAGGCGCGCAGGAGUGCAGACAGGCGGAGAGCAGCCGUCCGCCCCCUGCCUGCAACAACCUCCAGCACCUCGCCCGCUGCCGCUGCCAAGACGCCUCCUGGCGCAGCAGCUGCCUUGAUAUCGUCCCGCAACGCCUCUUCCUCCUCUCCUUCUUUCUCCUUCCACGCGCGGCCCGCGCCCGCGCGCCCGUCAACCAAAUCGUUUGCGAUGGUCGUGCAGAUCGUCCGCAACGAGGGCAUCCACGGCCUGUACAAGGGCAUGUCCGCCUCCUACCUCGGCGUUGCAGAGGGGACGAUUCAGUGGGCGCUGUACGAGCAACUCAAAGCCUGGGACCGGCGGCAAGGCGCAUCACUAUCAGCGGAAGGGAGCAAAGCCGACAGCAACGCGGCGCGCGAGCGCCAGUCGCUCACCGGCACCAUCUCCGCAGCCGGCACGGCCAAGCUGAUCGCGUCGCUCAUCACGUACCCGCACGAAGUGAUCCGCACGCGCCUGCGACAGCAGCCGCCGGAGACCGGCGCCCCGCGCAAGUACACCGGCCUCCUACAGACGAUCCGCGUCGUCGUCAGGGAGGAGGGCGUGGUGGCGCUCUACGGCGGGCUUUCCGCUCAUCUGCUAAGGGUCGUUCCUAACGCUGCCGUCAUGUUCAGCAUCUACGAGCUCUUUCUGCACUUUGCGCCAGCUCAAGAACACGCGACUGCACGAUGAGGCCGAUCCCCAGAUGUUCAACACGCGCCAACGCAUCUGUACUACUACUUUCUCCACUUGCAACCUGCCUGGCUGCCCACUUUGUACAUCCAUGCCCGCGCACACACGCGCAUCUUGUAGCAUAAUAGACCCAACAUCCACCCGCUC